AUGCCGGUUCACCAGGGAGCUGGGGUGUAAUGUUUGAAAGACAGACAGCAAGAAUAGAAAGUAGAAAAAAGAAGGGGGGGGGCAGGAGUGUGGACGAAAGAGAGAGUGAGUCCCUCAUAAGUCGUCAGAACUGCGAGGGAUCUUCUCAUAACAGAAGAGACAGAGAUCAGACGAGGCUGUAUCUGCACUACAGCUGAGAGCAACUCAAGACACAGCAGAGGGUCUAGAAGGAACCCCAGUUAGACAAAGUGAGGAUAUCACUGACUUAACAUGAUGGAAGUGGUCCUAACCAGACUGCGGGACUUCUCCUGCAAGACCUCCACCUUUGAUGACUGUAAACCAGCAGGACAGAGCGUGUGCAGGGAUCCUCGGAGCAGGAGUGACUGCCUCAGCGGAGAGUGCACAGCUGGAGAGGAAGGCAGAAAACUAGACAUAGAGAGUGCACUGGCCUGGCUGCGAAGGGAACUGAUGGAAAUGAGAUCCCAGGACCAAGCUUUGAUCCGGCAGCUCAUGGAGCUUCACUCCGGCAUCCAGGAGCUGAAGCAGGAGUUGUCUGAGGAGGAGCAAGAGGAAGAGACAGACGAGGAGGAAGAGGAGGGCAGCUACUGGGACUCUGACAGUGAACAAGGAAGCGGCAGCGCCUACUCUAGCUCAGGGGAGGUGGGCUCUUCCAUUUCCUUCCUGAAGAUGCCACCACAUAUUUAUGCACGGGUUUUAUCGAAGAGGGCGUUCAGCAGGAGAAGCUCUGUGCCUUGAAAAUUCAAAAACUAUUAGAAAAACUUUUGUAGUCUCUCCUCAACUUCCUCAAAUCCUCAAAGGCAGUCAACAAAGACAGGGUGGAGCAAAAUAAAUAUACCUACAUUUGCAAUUUCCCACCGUAAUUUCACUUCCCUGUCUGUAGUAUUUUCCAGAAAGAAGCCAGACAAGAGUAUAAGUGGAGUUGAGGGAAGAAAAAAAGAAAGCAUGUGGUUGUCAUGGCUUAUAUGUUGACACUAAAGUCAUUUUAAUUUAAAGGACCAGUGUGUAGGAUUAAGUGUCAUCUAUCAGAUUGCAACCAACCUCUCCUCUUCCCCUUCUAAGUGUAUAGGACAAACUACAUUGGCGGCAAAAAAAUGUAAAAGGCCCUAUCUAGAGCCAGUGUUUGGUUUGUUUGUUCUGGGCUACUGUAGAAACGUGGUGGUUCAACAUGGCCGCGUCCGUAGAAGAGGACCCACUCCCUUUGUAGAUAAAAACAUCUCAUUCUAAGGUAAUGAAAACGAUUCUUAUUUUCAGGUGAUUAUACACAAAUGAAAAUAUACCUAUGAAUAUUAUAUUCCAUUCCUGCCAAUAUAUCUUCCUAAAUGUUACACACUGGACCUUUAAAUCCUCUCAUAAGAUACUAUAUGUCAGUCUGAUGACUUCUUUAGCAUCCAGUUCAUCCUUUGUUCAUUUUAUUUUUGUAACAAAAACCUGACUGUAAAUAUAAUAAUGACUGAAAUGACAGCGCUAUGAAUCUAACGGAACUGUAAGACAGUUUUGGAAAUACAUUUAUUGGCUUUCUAUCCGAGAGUUUAAAGUAGCUAUCAUAAUGACUAAACAGAGCAGCUUGGUUUCAGUUUUCUAACAGAUAAAACAAACUUAUUAAUCAGUUUAUUAAUAAGCUUUAGAAAUGCUGUUCUGUUGCCUUUGGACUGAGACAGGCUAGGCCCCAUUUUUUUGUCUCGCUAAAGCUGCUUGCUAAUGCUAAGCUAAGCUAACUGACUGGUGGCUGUAGCUUCAUAUUUUACGGACAGAUACGACAGUGGUGUCAAUCUUCUCAUCUAACUUUCGGCAUGGAAGUGACGAAGCCUUUUCCAAAAUGUCACACUUUUCCUUUAACUUAGUGUAUAAAUUGUGUGACAGAGGAUAAUAUAAGUCCUGAAUUAAAUGUUGACCUAAAGGCAGUCAUUGUUGUCUUUGUGUAAUAUUGUUUGUGUCAGAAAGCAAGAGGAUUGUUUCUUCUCUGUGUAGACAAAUUGUAGGGUUAAUUUUUGAGUUGAUAUUUGUACAAAUGUUGAGGUUUGAAUGUCCUGAUCCUCACAAAGCUGUGUGUGUAUGUGCAGGAAGCUCACUGACCUUUUAUGACUGUAACUGCAUAAAGAAAUAAUUCAAUGCAGCAGCAAGGCAGGCUGGAGUUCAUUGCAUCUUUAUUGUGAACAUGCAUUGAUGAAGCAUUCUGGUGACAGUAGGACCUUGUUCCUGUCCUCGGUUGUGACUGUGACCAUUAAUUCUUAAAUAUCUCUUUGAGAAAGUAUUAUGAGGAUAUCUAUGUUAGUGCAGUGAACCAACAUAAAUCCACGUGUAAAAAGAUAACUGUGUUCAGACUGUCGGUGUAUUAAACCUAUCCGUGAACUGAAUAAGAUAGAGUUGUUUGAGAGGGAGUUAUUUAUUAACCAUAUGAACUUCUAGCAGUGUUUCAAACAGUUACUGUACUGCAGUUGUACAGUAUGCCAGCACAAUAAAGACAUGACAUUUC